AUGAAAUUAGCUGAGCAAAUGUGUGUUGAUGGUAUGCAGGGUGCAUCAACCACAUGUUAUGUUGCUUUGAGUCCAAAAACAGAAGGUGUGAGUGGCAAAUAUUUUGCAGACUGCAAUGAAAGUAACUGCUCAGCUCUAGCAAAUGAUGAAUCUGAGGCUCAGAAACUUUGGAGGCAGACCCAUGCACUGAUGCAAAGAUAUCUAUCAGAUGGGGAGAAAAGACUCGAGUCCAGCACCCCCUCUUGUAUAUGUGUGGCUGUUUGGGGAAGGAGAGCAAGGGAUCAAUCAUAA